AUAUAAAUGCUCACACGGGACAGUGAAAGAUCCGUCGCUCUCUCUCUUCGUAUUUGUGCUUCUUUCGUGCUUGUAGCAGGUUACCGCUGUGAUGGACCGCUGGCGGGGCAGAGUGGCUCUGGUGACCGGAGCCUCGGUCGGGAUUGGGGCGGCUAUAGCCGUAGAGCUGGUCCGGCUCGGUAUGAAAGUAGUGGGCUGCGCCAGGGACGUCGCAAAAAUCCAGAAACUGGCAGCAGAGUGUCAGAGCGCCGGCCAUCCUGGUGUUUUGGUUCCUUUCAAGUGUGACUUGACCAAAGAGGAGGAGAUUCUGGCCAUGUUUGCAGCGAUCAAAGAGCAGCACAAAGGUGUGGACGUGUGUAUCAACAAUGCUGGCUUAUCUCAUCCAGAGCCACUGCUAAGUGGCAAAACCAGCGGCUGGAAGAACAUCAUGGAUGUGAACGUUCUUGCCCUGAGCAUCUGUGCACGUGAAGCUUAUCAGUCAAUGAAAGAGAGAAACGUGGAUGAUGGGCACAUCAUAAACAUAAACAGCUUGUGUGGACAUCAUGUCUAUGAUUUUGCUGAUCUACAUUUCUACACCGCCACCAAGUAUGCUGUAACUGCUCUGACUGAGGGCCUGAGACAGGAGCUGCGUGCUGAAAAGAGUCAUAUCCGAGCCACAAGCAUUUCUCCUGGUUUAGUGGUGACAGAAUUUGUAUCACGGGCCAACAAUCCUGAUCAAGUGGCUGGCAUAUAUGCUGCAUAUAAGGCUCUGCAAGCAAAAGAUCUUGCCAGUGCUGUCACGUACGUCCUCAGUGCCCCUCCUCAUGUUCAGAUUGGAGAACUUCUGCUUGAAGCUAUACAGGAAGCAGCUUUUGUUGCCCCAGCAACCCCAGGACCAGGCUUGUCUUCACAUUAAGGUGGUGUGAUUGACUCAUCUACUCAACACAGCAAGAUCAAUUUACAGAAUACGGAAAGAAACAAUAAGGACAUUUGUCCAAGAGUUAACUGUCUUCUUAAAAAUGCUGAAACAUGAUGUGCUUCCUCUGUCGCAUGUUUAACUGUGACCUACCUCUUAUGACACUCUGUGAGGAUGUUACCAUCACUGUGUGUUUUUAGUGUCUUUGAGAAGUUUCACCAUGUGACCCUGUCAUAUAUUCUACUGGCAAUUUUUUAUUUCUUUAUUACAUUUAACAAAGUGCUAUCAAACUGGUCAUGAAAGAACUUUUUGAUGUUGUCCUGAAAAUUUGACGCUAAUAUAAUAAAAUGAUUUUCAAAGGAA